AUGAAGUUCUCCACUACUGCUUUUCUUGCCCUUGGCUUUCUGGCCGGUAAUGUCAUUUCGGCCCCGGCGUUCCAGUCUAAUGACGUUGCUCUACCUGUCGAGGUCCGCGCCGAAGGCACCGUGGCAAACGACGCCGCCCAUCUCGAGGCCCGAGCCAGGAAGAAGCAAGGACUGGGCAAAGUAGGAGCAAAGGGACAAGGAGCCGCGGCGGCGAAGGCACAGGCAGCGAAGAAGAAGAAGAACGGUGCUGCCGCUGCCGCGAAGAAGAAGGAUGCUGCGAAGGAGAAAGAAGCUGCUGCGAAGAAGAAGGCUGACGACGCGGCUAAGAAGAAGACUGAAGACGCGGCAAAGAACAAUAACAACGAUGCCGCGAAGAACAACAACAACAACAACAACGCCAACGACAAUGCCAACAACAAUGCCAAUAACAACGCCAAUAACAAUGCCAACAACAAUGCUAAUGCCGCAAAGGGCAAGGGCAAGUCGCAAGCCGAGUUCCAGGGCUUGGCCUGCACCGAUGGAAAGGGUGCCGGCUCCUGCAACGCCAACGGGCAAUGCGCCGUCAACGGCAAGACUGCCGAGAUUGCGGGCCAGUGCGGCGUUGCUGCUGCUGCGAAAAAGGCUGCCACCAAGCGUUACGUCUCCAACAAGGCCCGUAUCAUCUGA